CAACUACAACUACAACUACAACUACAACUACAACUACAACUACAACUGCAAUUACUGCAACUUCAACCAUAAGCACUUCAACAUGUCUCUGCUCCACAGUCGCCCCGUCCCUGCCCAACAGGUCUACUACAAACCCUCAACCAUGGCCCGCCUCAAAGCCAUGUUCCGCUCCCGCCGAUAUACUCACGCCCGUCCCCUCCCCCGCGCCGCAGCCCCCGUCCCCGUUGCAGCAGCACCCCGCCGCCUAGGACACGGACGACGCGUCCGUCAACCCAUCCGUCAACCCGUCCGCAAGACCGGUUUCGGCUUCUUCCACCGCUCCUCUCCCCAUCGCACCGUCAUCGCCUCCCAACGUCGACCCGGUUUUUUGGCCUCACUCAGACCUCGCCAUCACCAUCACCAUCGUACCACUCACCGCACAGGGAACUAUCGUCAAGGAGGACACAAGGCAUCAAAGGUCGCGGCGCUUCUGGCUAUAGUGUCCCUCAAGAAGAAGCAUGGACACGAUGCGCACCGUCGUCGUGCUGACCGCCAUUAUCGAUACUAAGAAAAGCAGAGCAAAGCCCAGCAAAGCACAUCAAUGCAAAAAACACACCACAGCACAUCGCGGCACACCAUCAUAAUUUUUCCAUUCACAUCGUGUACAUCUAGUCUCUCUCAUUUCAUCUCUUUUAUUUCACUUGUACAAUAGCCAACCCUUGCAGCAAUAAAAAAGAUCCUAUAAUUCAUGAACAAAAGAAAA